GUAGCCAAUACCAAUAGUAUAAUAAGUUCAACCAUGUGUUUAAUAUUCACUGUGUGCGUGCAUGCGUGUGUGCGUGCAUGCGUGCGUGUGUCUGAGAAUAACCCAGCCUCAGCUAUAUGCAGCCUUGGUUAAUCCUUAAAGAUGAGCGCUGCUGCUCCACGGUGAAAGUCCUGCACUGAGACACAGAGGAGCCUCCCCUCCAGAGAGCAACAUGCACAUUAACCUCAACGGCCACCAACCCAGGAACCCUCCACUGUUGCAGUGAUGCAUUCUCUGGUGACUUUAAAAAUCCAGCGGUGGGACAUUCUGCUGUGAGUGAACGAAGACUAACCACCAUGAACGGGGACCCUAAAUUCAAGGCGGAGAUGGACUCGGAGCACCAAGGUGAGCUGGACGACUUGGUGGCAGCCAUGAACGUGGCCGCCAACCGCCUGACACCGCCCAAUGGCUACAGGAGCGGUGCUCCGAGAACCACCAGAUUCUCAGACAGGAAGAUGUCACUGCAGGAGAAAGAGAACCGCAUAGCCCGACACCCCACCAUCGAGACCAAACGUGUGUCCAUCACAGAUGCUGAUGAUUUUGUCCAGCUCAACCAGUAUAAGUUGAAAAAUGAGAUCGGAAAGGGUUCAUACGGAGUGGUAAAAUUAGCCUAUAAUGAAGAUUCUGAUCAGUACUAUGCAAUGAAAGUUGUUUCAAAAAAGAGGCUGAUGAGGCUGUGUGGAUUUUUCCGCCGCUUGCCUUGUCAAGGAUCAAACCCCCCGUUCCCUCUGGAGAAAGUGUACAAGGAGAUCGCCAUCCUGAAGAAACUGGACCAUCAUAAUGUUGUAAAACUAGUUGAGGUGCUUGAUGAUCCUGAAGAAGAUGGACUUCACAUGGCCUUCGAGUUGAUGACAAAAGGCCCGGUGAUGGAGGUGCCUACAGACAACCCUUUCACCGAGGAGCAGGCUCGCUUUUACUUCAGAGACGUCGUCCUGGGAAUAGAGUACUUGCACUACCACAAGAUCAUCCACAGGGACAUCAAACCCUCCAACCUGCUGCUGGGGGACGACGGCCACGUCAAGAUCGCAGACUUUGGUGUGAGCAACGAGUUUGAAGGGACGGACGCCAUGCUGUCUGGCACGGCGGGGACGCCGGCCUUUAUGGCCCCUGAGAUGAUGACUGAAUAUGAGCAGAGCUUCAGUGGGAAGGCAUUAGACGUGUGGGCGAUGGGAGUCACACUCUACUGUUUUAUCUUUGGGAAGUGCCCUUUCUAUGAUGAAUACAUCGUCUCUCUGCACAACAAGAUCAAGAACAAACCUGUGGAGUAUCCAGAGACACCUUUGAUAAGCAGCGAAUUGAAGGAGCUCAUUAACAGGAUGCUGGAUAAAAACCCUUUAACAAGAAUCACCAUCCCUGAAAUUAAGCUCCACAUGUGGGUGACGGAGAACGGCUCCAACCCUCUUCCUCUGGAGGAGGAGCACUGCACGGCGGUGGAGGUCACUGAGGAAGAGGUGCAAAACAGUGUUAAACUCAUCCCCAGCCUUUCCACUGUGAUUCUGGUGAAGUCCAUGCUGAGGAAGCGGUCUUUCAGUAAUCCCUUUGACUGUCUGGGCAGAAGGGCUGAGAGGUCCAUGUCUGCCCCUGGAGGUCUUCUUACUGGCACUUGGGGCUUAUCUCGGUCUUCGCCUCACAUUCAUCCCUCCUUAAGGAAAGUCAGCAAAGAGGGGAGCCGAGAUGCCGAGUUGGAGGACUUGUAUGAAGACGAUGCAAUUACAGAGUAAAUGUACAGAUUGAUUUGUCACAUGAACACAGAUUAUACAAUUAUUAGUUUUGUAUCUUU